AGUACAAGUUUGAAUCGAGUCGAACGAGCCGCGUAGUAUUCUGGGUACGCGUACCGCAUUCGGUUUGGGGGGAAAAACGCAGCGGCGGCUGCUGUGGUUCAGCCGUUAAUCGUCAUCGAAAACGGCCUCAACGGUUCGAUAUCGUCCAAUUUCCAUCUUGUCGUGUUUUGUGUGAUAUUCGUGUAGAAAAGUGUCGUUCUUGUCGUGUUCGAAUCCGGAAUUCGGAAUUCACCGAGACGUGAAAGCGGUAAUCGUUCGUAGAUUGACCGUCGAUAUUCGUUGUUCGAUCAAGUGAAUUUCUCAUACUCCGAGUCUGAUAUAUUGCUAUUUUUCCUACUACAUUGUAAAGAAACGGUAUAAAAGAAAAACAACAAGAGACUAUGAAGCGGAAAACAAACGACGCUCCCGGAUGCGGUUGGAAUAUAAACGUCAAGUGUAGUUAAUGAAAUUGUGAAUUUCAAUGUUUACAGUUGUCGGUUUCGUUCGCAAUAAUUCUCGAUUUAAACGAAAGCAAUAAAAGGUUGAUUACCAAGUUUGUAAGUCAAGAGGAGAAGAUCUCUGCAGAUGUGAAAGGAGGAUUCUUUACCAUUUGGGAAUACUGAUAUCAAUUGUUCGAUUUGCGUUCGAUUGUUUGAAUAAUUAGUCCAGCGAGAGAUCAUACGAAGUUCCGAGUUCCGGUGGGGUCGCCGGAAGUGUAUUAUGAACUGAGCGGAACGUUGCGCCAACGGAAAAACGUGGGAACACUUUCAGAGCAGAGGUUUCGUGACAGCUGUUGCACGAUUAAUAAACUCGAUACAGGUGCUUACCGAAAGAGGUUCGGUCUUCAAAAUGGCGAGUGAAACUCGCGCAAACCGAAUAUAAGAACGGCCACUCGAAUGUGAAUGCCGAUCACUUGAAUUUCACAUUCAAAAUUGAUCGUUAAAACUCGUUUGUUUACCACAGACGAAUAUUUGAACUGUCUCGAUGACAACGGAACGUCGCUUCGGGCGUUCGAAUAAAACCGUUACGUGGUAGCGAGCCGAGUUAUCGAAUUUCGAAGGGCGGGAGCAAGCAAAGUUUUCAAAUUUCGAACGUCGGUAUUAUCUCAAGGUUUGACAUCUCGUACGGCAAAGUUGAGUCAAGUUUUCAACAGUAUUGACCUAGAUUUCGAACAGCGGGAGCAAGUCCAGUUUCAAAAUUUCGAACGUCGGGCGCGAUUCGGUUUUGAAAUUUCGAACGGCGGGUGGUAUUCGAAUUGGAAAUUUCGAACGACGGAAUCGCGUCGUAAGUGAGAAGAAGCCGGCGGUGUAUCAGUGACUCUUGAGUGACGUCAUCGUAAGAAAGGCAGGUUGGGUGAGCCAAGUUUGACCGUUUCCCGUUUGUCAGUACGGAUAGAAGAAGCCCAGGCGGUGGGCGGCAGCCGGGAAUGGCUUCGAAGUUGUGACGUUUUUCGUGAAGUUUAGAAAGAAAGAGGCCGGAAAAGGUCGACGAGGUCAAGUGUCGAGGGACGGUGAUCGAGAGUGAGUUUCGAAUCCCCGAGGCUUGUGUUGUCGGUGAAACGGGAAUCGGAGUGACAAAAUUGGCUAUCGGGCACUCCGAUGACGACGGCGUGAAACGGCGGUUGCAGUUUUCGCGAAUUGACAACUGAGCGCGGUUGGCGUUCGAUUAACGCAACCGGCCGCACCUGUGCAGCUUCGCGUCCCUGAGAAGGCUGGAAAAUAUAUAUAUUCCAACACGGAUCGACACGAACGUAAACGCGACUGACCGACUACCUGUCCUCGGAUAUUUCCCCCGACUUACUACCUGAGCCAAAGGCAUCGAUACCAUGGGGAACCAUCCGUCCGCCCACCAUCCGCUCGAAAGAGCCACAACCCACGCUGGAAACACUCUCCGAAUAUCGAAACGGGAGAGAUCGCCAGGGAAGAGAAUGGACCGGCUGCGUCGAAGUUUCCGGGACAGCUUCCGGCGGCGAAAGGACCCUCAUGUCCCGGAGUCGAGCAAACCGCAUCAGUGGCAGGCAGAUGAAAGCGCAGUGCGUUCAGCCACCUGCGUAUUUCACGUUAAGUAUCUCGGAUGCGUCGAAGUUUUUGAAUCCAGAGGAAUGCAAGUCUGCGAAGAGGCUCUCAAAGUGCUUAGGAAUUCUAGGCGAAGGCCGGUUCGAGCAGUGCUUCACGUUUCUGGGGAUGGACUGCGCGUCGUUGAGGAUGAAACGAAGGGAUUGAUCGUUGAUCAGACAAUUGAAAAGGUGUCUUUCUGUGCCCCAGAUCGUAACCACGAUAAAGGCUUCAGUUACAUCUGUCGAGAUGGUACGACAAGGCGAUGGAUGUGCCACGGAUUCUUAGCGCUCAAGGAAUCGGGUGAACGUUUGAGUCACGCUGUGGGUUGUGCCUUCGCUGCUUGCUUGGAACGGAAACAACGUAGGGACAAAGAAUGUGGAGUGACGAUGACGUUUGAUCCGAAAAAUUCGACGUUCACGAGGAGUGGAAGUUUCAGACAACCGAGCUUGACCGAACGGUUGCAGGACUCGCAUGAACGAGCAGUUGAUGUUCCUCCGGUGAAGCAGGUCUUCAACCCAUUUGCGAUCGAACGACCUCACGCCACACCCUCGAUGCUUGAGCGCCAAGGUUCGUUCAGGGGUUUCACCCAGCUCAACCAGGCUUCGCCGUUCAAGCGGCAGCUCAGUCUUCGAGUUAACGAUCUUCCCAGCAAUCUAGAACGUACCCGAAGCCACAGCCUCGAACCCACGGAUCUCGCUCGAAUGCCACCCACCCUUCCUCACAACAUACCGCAAAAACCUCCAGUGAGUCCAAUUCCGGAAAUAUCACCCGGAGGUCAAGAUAGCGUCUCAGCAAUGUGUCAGCAGCUCUCUCGAGGGCUUUCCCUUCUUUCGAGUAACGACGAUUACAACGGGUCAACGCACAUAUCGUCCCGAAUCAGUUCAAAUUCCGUCUCAAAGCAGCUCUUCAGUACAAUGACGCCUCCAGUGAGCAACAGCAAUUCAUUCGAAGAUACGAAGUUGAACAACAACAUAAAUAACAACAACAUCAACCAUGUUGGUCCCAGUUGGCAGGAUGAACCGACUCUCGCCAAUUCUAGACUCACGCCGAUUCUCAAUAGAAGCUGCAACCUGAGUCCUGUUCUUCCGAGGACUUCCGUCGCACCAGCAAUGAUGAGCACUCCGGGACCGACGCCUACUGUGGGUGUCUUCGGCACUCCGCCCAACGCCAGCCCUGCGUUCAGUUCCGCCUCGACAUCGUCGCUUGGUGGAAACACGACCACUCCUUCGUUGAACCGAUCUCCAGUACCUGUAAACUCGGUCACACCGUUGAAUCGGUCACCAAAUUCCGGGCUACCGUCUACUUCCCCAAUUCCCACAUCUGGCAUUCCGAUUGCCGCCACCAACACCAUGCAAUCUGUUUCACAGUUACAGCCAGUCGCCACAGCGGCGAAUCUUCCCAAGCCUGAACAGUGGUUGGGAAGUGUGACCGGUGCUGUAUCUCCUGUACCGACAAGUCCUAGACGAGCACCAGCACUUCAUUUAAGGGCGCAUUCGCUGGGCUCCGCUGCUGGAAGUCAGGCCUUCGCGUCUCGCGGAGGUCCCGCGGAUCCGUUCGACGCUGAAUGGGCCGAAAUCGCAGCGCGGAAUCUUCAACAGUCGACAACAAAUCCGUUCAUAAUGUCGAAUGCAACGCAAGCUUUCCAAGUCCAAUUGUAGCGCCGAGAAUUCUCUGAUAGCGUCGCUAAAUACUAUCAGACUAACACGUAGUGACGGCUUCUUGUGCGUUCGCACUCUGAAUGGCUGCGCGAUAGAAAGUAUUACACGUAAAUUAAUCGCUUGUACUUAUACCAGUGGAUUUCUGCUGCUGUUGCUACACAGUUUGCGAAUAACUGUGAAUGUCAAAUUCAUACAUAAAUUUUGUGUUGUCCUACAGGCUCUCUCUAUUUUAAAUUUUAUUUUGCUCUUGGUAUGUUGCAGAGCGUUACAGAAAAACCACAAUUUGCAGGCUGUUAGAUUUUUCAAAACUCAGUUUUCGAAUCCGUCUUAUCGAUUUUGAAAUUUUUCCCGUGGGUACAUUCAGUGUGAAUAAACUAAAAUUUUCAGUCAAGAGUAAGGGUGAGCAAGCAUUUAGUACUGAAGAUACAAGCAAAUCAAUUAAAAAUGUAAGUUCAGUUCAAAAUGCGGGAGGCACAGAAAAAAUCGUUAGGAUUUUGAACAAAAAUUUGAAGUUUUGGGAUUUUGCAAUUCCUUUUCAAAUCUGGCAGAACUAUUUCUUCCCGUUCACCUUUUUUAUUAGUAUUUCAAUAUUAUUCGAACCUAUUAUUUGAAAUUGAUUUGCUCAUGUUUCCUAAACUAAGUGUUCACCCAUUUUUGUUCUAGAUACAAAAAUCUUAUUCCUCCAUGGAGAAUUCACCGUGUAAAGUACAUUGAUUGAAUUAUGGCUCACAGUGAUUUUUCUGAACAUGCAAUUAUUGGAAAGCCGAUUUGCUUAAGAAUCUAAAGCUUCACAAAUCGUGUUUUUUAUGGCGCCCUACGACAUACUAACGGGUUUAAUGAAAUUGACAAUGAUGAGGGUCGUGGUCAGAUAAAAAUUGUCUGGAAUUCCCUGUAUGCACGUAUGUCAACGUAACAUGUAACUUCGGGAAGUUUAUAAAUGUUUACGCACAAGUAAAAGGUGUGCAUCAUGAAAACAGACGAGGAAACAGAGUAGGAGCCACAAGUUAUAAAAGUCUGCAUAUUUUUCGUUAUUGAAAAUCGGUGGAUGCAAUCCAGUCUGUGUCAAAUUCUCUAUGAACCGUUUAGUUUAUGCGAUGUUGGGAGUUUCUAAAGCUCAUUUAUACCCAUUUGUAUCCAUUUGUAUGGCGAACUUUCCAUUCGCAAUCUUUACGUGCCUAAAUUUUAUAUAUUUUCAACCUCGUUUAUACAUAUUACCAUUCGUUCAUUUUGGUAUAAUGUCGUGAUGUGAGGUAUCGAUCUCACGGUUUGCAGGGUUGAUGUUUAUAUCAUUGCAGGAUCAAAGCAAAAUUAAUCAUUAGUAACGUAUAUCAAGGUGGUAAUUCCGCGGGCUGAUUCGAGUUCAUCGCGGAUGUUUAUGUCCGUCGCUUGCGAUAUGUUUUAGUAUUAUCAAUGGGAGUUGCUUCACCAGUCUUAAUUAUCAUAUCGAUGUAAUGAAAAGCAGCGUGACAAUUAUUCAGGACGAAUGAUUCGUAUCGUCUGUUUCAGAAAUUAAUAAAUGAGAAACAAUCGUUUUAUAAGUCUCCAGUGAUGUGUUCUUGCUAUGAAAUAGAAACAGUUCUGAGCGGAUUCCAAUAAAAAAAGCAGAGAUAUUAAAGACUUGAGAAAUAGUUUUAUAGUUGGAAUGUUCAAAAUAAUUAAAUUCUGCAGUUUGUUAUGCGAUAAUAACGCUUUCAGGCUCAUUUUGAUCACUGACCAGAUCCCUAAAAAUUAUCCGAAAAAAAUUCAAGGAAUCGUUCCUCAUAGUACAGUUAUAACGCACAAUGUAAUUGUUAACGAAAAUCUGUCUUACCAUGCUUAUGCAAAUAUAUUUUUAUCCAUUAUGGACACAAUUUUUCAUAAAAUUUGUUUCAAGAGAUCUUUGAAAGAUUCCUGUGGGGAAGACAAUAAACCUGAAACAUUAGAAUGGAAAAAAGAACCGGUUUAAUCAUUUUAAACGUUCUAACUAUAAAACCAUUUUCCAUAAUGUGGAUACAUCAGCUUGUGUUAAUAGAAAUUUCGUGGAAUUGUUUCUGUUAUAUAGUAAAGAUAUGUUUUUUAUUCGUGUUCACUAUCCUUGGCACAAAUAAGGUUGCAAAUCUUUUAAACGGUUUUUUCUAUUUUUAAUUUUUGAUUAUGACAGCGCGGCUCAUUCAUCCCUAAGGCCACACAUUGCAGAUCCAAGAAAGAGAGAAUAUUGUUCAGAAUAUAUCGGUUUUAUCUUGCAACACUCGUUACCGAUAUAAUUUUUGUGAUAGAAGCUUUAAUAGCCGAUCCAAGCGUAAAGAUAAUACCGUAAAGAGCAGCAGACGCGGUUGUAGAAUUGAGGGAAUAAAACUGCAAUAUAGUAAAUAUGUAACACGUGUUUAAUUUUAGUGAAAAAUUGUUAAAAAAUCGUUGUUGGUGAUGUAGGAUUUGAAUAAUUGCAGAAGAUGAAAUUUUUACGGCAGUAUUUUUCUUUGAAUAAUUGUUAUCAUAAAAAAGCUCGAGAAAAUUGUCAAAUUUUGGUACCCUACUUAAAGACAGUGCACCUUAUAGCAAUUAGUUAUAUAGAGAUCAUUCUUAUAUAACAGUUAGAUCACGAAUUGAAGAAUAAUUAUAUCGCUACGAUGCAUCGAUAUAGAAACAUUCAUAAUAAUAUCACUAGAUAUGGACAAGUAAAGAAUAUUAUAAAUGUCGCACCAAAUUAAAUGUCGUAAGAAUAAUAUAUAUACAAUGCUGCGCAACUGAUCUUCUGAAGUUUUUAUAGAUCAAUCAAAAGGUGAAAUAAUCUAUUUUCUCUAAAUUCAAAACAGACACUGUUUUUAUAAUACCGGAAAACUUGAAAUCGAUACAGCGGUCAUUGAGAUACUGAUUUGACAGACUGUCUCCAUGCUGUGGUUUGAAUUUAUCGUUGUUGAAAAAAGUAUCUGCUUCUUGUAGAUUUCAAAACCCAAUAAUGCGUUAUACAAAAAGGGGGACCUUCUUCUUGUCCGACGUGUAAAGUCAACAUACACAAUUUGUAGUGUACCGUUAUAUUUUUUAUAGUGCCUUAGUAAAAAAUCAAUAACGCUAUUUUCUGCUGAGACAUUUUGACAUUCUGUCGAGUACAAAGAGCGUCGAUUAAUUCGCCGUAAUAACUAUGACGAGUUAAAAUGAUAAGAGGCCAGUACUUAUAAACGAAAAAUUGAAAUGUUGGAUUAUUUUUAUUCGGAAUUCUGUGAAUCACCGUGUUAUAUUGUUUUUCAAACUUGAGCAAAAUAUACUUAAUAUGACAUAUAGAAUAUCGGUAGUGUGAUCACUCAGCAUUGUUUCAAAUUCUAAUAAAAAAAAGUUUGUAAUAGUUCUAAAUUUGUGGCUAUAACAUACUAUGAUAAAAAAUAAUUACUGCAAACUUGCAGUUAUUCGAAAUUCAGUAAUAAAUAGUUGUAUGAAAUAUGUUUAACUCAAGAUAAAUGUAACACCUGUUAGAAUCUAGAUGAUUAAUGAUGAUCGCACAAUAUAGCCGCACCGUAUCAAUAUUACCGUAUUAACUACAAUAGAAAAAAUGUUGGUUAUAAUCUGCUCUCUCUGUCUAACUGCAAUUUCGAAAAAGGCGUGAAUAGUAUUGAAAAUUUUUGAUAUCAUUUAUAACAAUUGAGUGACCGACUAAUAGUUGGAACGCAAUAAUGUUUAAAACUUAUUUUUAAGUUGAGAGGAAAACGAAUUACUUAAAUCAUUUGAAGGCAAAAUGGGCAAGAAUUUAAAUUGAUUAUUACGAAUAUCAGACUUUUUUUUUUAUGAAAUAGGGUACAUAUAUUAGACUGCUUCAAAAAAAAACUAUUUUUUUUUUCGAUCUCCAGCUUCAUGGAAUCAUAGUUUAUAACAUAAUAUUGAACCUCGUGAAAGGAAAUCGCCGUACGAUUUUUUUAAGAGGUGUCGCAUCGAGAUUUUGUAAUUACCAUUUGAUUAACACGUAAGAAAUCCAAUUCUGACGGUUGGAGGGAGAUAAUAAUUUUUCUAUGCAACGAACGAAACUCUAUAUAGUAGCGCUUGACAGUUUAUAUGUUUUCUUCGAAUCGUCGUGUCGGAGAAAUUUUUUAAUCGCACGAUCUUCGAGUGCUUUUACAUUGCGUAAAACGUGGUUUUUCGCCUUUUCGAAAAAUUAUUAUCUCUCUCCGACCGUCCGAAUUGGAUUUCUUACGUGUUAAUCAAAUGGGAGUUACAAAAUCUCGAUGCGGCACCUCUUAAAAAAAUCACACCGCGAUUUUCUUUCACGACGUUCAAUAUUAUGUUAUGAACUAUGAUUUCGUGAAGCUGGAGGUCGAAAAAAAAAAGUUUUUUUUUUGAGGCAGUUUAAUAUAUAUAUAUAUAUAUACUAUAUAUAUCUACAUUAUACAUUAUUAUAUUAUACAUAUAUCAGCGAUGUAUGCAUUGUAAAUAGAAUACUUGUUUAUAAUAUAUUGCAAACAUAGUUAAUAUUAAAAUUAAUUAACACAUUAAUGUAUUAUACAUGUUAUUAGCAACUAACAAAUAAGUGAACAAAUUUAACUUAUAAUUAAUAUACAUACAUAUAAUGAUGCUGAUUAUCAAUAUUAUUGCUCGUGUUACAAAAACACAAAGAAACAAACUAACAGAAAAAUAGAUUUGAAAAUAGAGCAAUUGUUAAUUUAUAGCAGUUUUUCCACUGCUCACGAAAAUAUAUAUAAUAGUAUUACAUUCCUAAUAGUAUUCUCACGAGGUACAUUUUUGCGCAAAUUCCUAACACAUGAUCAUUAACAUUAUUGCGAUAUUUCGACGAUUUCUUUAUUUAUUUUUUAUUUUAAUCGUUCAGUUUUACGUAAUAAAAAAUCUGCCUCAGUACCAUGUUUUUGGUAAAAUGAACGGAAGCUGAUUGUAAAUUGAUAAUCGUUGUAAAUAGAUGCUAGUUUUCAUUUCAUCAUUGCACAUACUACUCUUUUUUAUUCAUCGCAAAAAUCUGCCUCAACUAUUAUUAUCAUAAUUAUUCUUAAUAUUAUUAUGAUUAUUGAUGACAUAAAAAUAUCUAUCUACUGUAAUUCUAAUGGGUGUUGGGAUGAAGUCAUAAUUGCACAUUGAUCGAAUGGAUGAAAAAGCAAUUUUUCGAACAUUUCAACAAUAUUUUCGUUUCUAAAUCGAAUUCAAAUAACUGUAUUCAUAUUCGAUUGAGGAGAUGUACGAAUACAAUUGAUAAUAUUUAUAGAGUCGUUAGCACAAAUGAAGUUGGUGGUACUUAUUUGAGGUACUUAAGUUACCUACAUAUCGAACGUUAAUCGAAAAUGAAAGAAUAUGUACUUAAAUAAUAUAUUAUACAGGAUAGCUUAUUUAGCGAAAAACGUCCAUUGGAGAAAUGAGUCUUUCUUUUUCAAAAUCAACGUUAGGGUUAUAAAUAAAUAAAUAUAUAAAUCUUGUGCGAUGUACGGUAACUGAGAAAGUGUAUUUGCAUACACAUAUAUACCUGAUAUAACACUGAUAAUAUAAUAUAUUACGAUUGCUAUUUGUUAAUGUCUUAAAUAUUAUUAUACAUAAUAUAUAAAAUAUGCAAUUUAUUUCUUCGAUUAUGUAUGAUAUAAUGGUAUAUAAACUAGGAAUUGUAUCUUAUGUAUUAUGUAUAAUGAUUGGAAAACGAUAUAGGUAACUAUAAUAUUCAGAGUUCGGUCGAUAUUCGAUUUGUCUACUUUGACGGAGCGAAUAAUUAUUCAAUAUAAAUUCUGAUUUAUAGAAAUCGUUAAAAUUGAAUUCGUUAUAGACGAUUUUAUAUUAAGUUGGUGUAACAUGAAUUAAGAACAGAAACAGGAAAAAAAAAACAAACUAUGCUAAUAAUUGCUAUAUUCUACGAAAAGACCAAUACAUACAAAUCAAAAGAUAAAGAUAUAAACAGAAUUGUGUUACUUGUUCUCUUACAAGUAUAAUGCAGUGUUGAAAAGUUAAUAAAACUCGAUGGAAAAAUAUCGCAUGCUUUGGGCAUGCCGCAUGAAUAGUUAACUCGAAGUCGUUUCAUCUGAUUCGAUUGUUUAGGCAGGCAAUUUGAAUCUUGGAUUCAUUUUGUACCCGCUUUUAUAGCUGGUGCGUGUAAAUAAUACGGCAGAUCGUUGGAGAAACAAAUACGAGACAGAGAGAAAUAGGGAAAAAGAGAGAGACUUUAGGAGUGAAAAAGAAAACAGAGAGUAAGAUGAUUUACCAAAAUCAGCGACGUAUGAUUUAACGAACGUGUAUAAUAUUUUUCAAAAUACCUUGUAUCGCAAUGUAUUAGUUGCCUCUGUAUAAAAAUACCUGCGGUCGAUAAUAAUAUCUGUUGUGAUUACAUAUAA